UCUUUCUUCGCCACCAAGAGAAAAUCUCUCUCUCUCUCUCUCUCUCUCUCUCUUCAGAAGAAUCUGCGUUGCCCGGCUUAGCUCUUCGCACCCAUCACCAGGUUCGUCCUCAAUCCCUUCGUAAACUCUAGUCUUUAGGCGGGAUUUGCUUUUUGGGGUGUGGGUUCUGGUGUCAGUGGUGCUGCGAUGGAGAAAAUCUCGGGCGAGCUGACGCGGGCGGAGUUGCAGAAGGAGACCCUCUUCAAGGCGUACGAGCAACUGCACUCGCAGGCGUCCUCGGUCCUCUCGUUCUCGCUCCAGUGGAAGGACCUGGAGGAGCGCUUCGAUGGCAUCCGGAGGUCCCUCGAGCGCCGCGCCGAGGAGCUCGACGAGCGCGAGAGGUCGCUGGCGGAGGGAGCCGCCCGCGACGUCGCGUCACGGGAGGAAGGGCUGCGGUCGGCGUGGCGGACAGUCGAGGAGUGGGAGGACCACGUUCGGCGAAAGAAGAUGGACUUGAGGUUCGUGGAGGAGCGGCUUGAAAAAAGCAAGGAUGAACAUAGGGAGGUGGAGUGUCAACUGGUUGUGAAGCGCGACUGCCUUAGGGAGUGUAUCUCACUGGUCAGGGACAAGAAGAAUCAGCUGAGCACUCUUAAGGAGAAGACUGAGAAAUGUCACAGGGAUUAUGAUUCCAAGAAGGUGGAGGUGGAGGUCCUGCGACAGGAAUUGGACUCGACGGAGAAGAAAGUCGGGGAGGUGCGGAGUUUGCUCGAGGAAAAUGCUCGAGAACUUCAUGUGAAAGCGGUGGAGUUGGGUUCGGCGAAGCGCUCUCUCGAGGAGUGCUCUAGGGCGGUUGAAUCUAAAGAGAGUCAUCUCCGUUCCGUUAAUAUAUUGAUUGAGAAGCACAAAGAGGACCUCAAAUCGAAAAAAACAGAGCUUGAGGGAAUCAAUAGGUUGAUCAACGAGCGGUUGACGGAACUUGCUUUGAAAGAUAGGGAAUUGGGGUCUAUUGAAUCAUCUAUUGGAAGGCAAUCUGAAGAGCUUAAAUCCAAGGAAGGUGAACUGGAAAAUAUGAUGAAGCGGGUGAAGCAGUGCAAAGAGGAGACCCAGUCAAAGAAGGAAGAUCUUGCUUCAGUCCAGGCCAAAUUAGAAGAGGUUGCCAAAUCUCUUGAGUUGGAAAGUAGGGAAUUCAAUACUGACCAAGCAUCUAUCAAGGACCGCAAUCUUGAACUUGCAUCAAAAAAGAGCCAGCUAGAGUCGAUCGAAGUUAAUAUCGCCCAAUGUGCGGAGCAACUCCGAUUGAAAGAGCAAGAGUAUGCUUCCAUUCAAACCUCAACUCUUGAAUGCGCCAAGGUCCUUGAGUCCCAAAAAAAGUCGCUCGAGAGUUGCUCCAGGGAAAUGGAGUUGAGAGAGUGGAUUAGAGUCGAUUCUGGGGUAAUGGCUCAGAAUUGGAAAUGCCCAUUAGCAAGUGCACCUGUUCUAGCUUCAAGUCCAAACUCUCAACCCACAUUUUCUUUUAAUGGAAAGAAUCUGCAGAUGGUCAUAUAUGGACAUUUUCAGGAGCUCAGUGGAGUGUGCCAUAAGGUGCUGGAGUUGAUUCAAAAAUCAGCUAACGCUGCAAAGUUGGUGUUAGGUGCCAUGGAAGGGUUUUACCCUCAAGAUUCGGGGAACAAAGAUGAGUUAUUAGAUAUUGGAGUGAUUAGGAGGAGUUGUAUCUUCCUGUUGGAGAAUUUAAUACGAUCUUCAGCGCAGAUUAAGCCUCAGCAGAGGGAAGCUGCAAUGACAUUGGCUGUUGAAUGGAAAGGGAAGCUGAAAUUUUCGCCAUCACCGGUGGACCCUUUGGAGGUCUUGGGUUUUCUGAAGCUUUUAGAGGCAUAUAAGCUUGCUUCCGCCUUCGAUGCAAAUGAAAUUCAUGAACUUGCCGAUUCUGUGUCACAGCUUCAAAUAGCACAGGGAUGGCAACUGGUCCUUGGUUCUUCGGCACUGCGAUCUGUUAAGCGGAGAUGCAGCUAGACUUGAAAAUGUCGAUCGGAGAUCCAGUAAGCGCACCAGCCAGCGUACCUGCUUCUCUUUGCAGAGUCCAUGAGCAACCACCCGGAUUGAAGAAACGUUUUGCUAGGGAAUCGAUGAUCAAUCCCAACCCCGUGCAUGUAAGUGUAAAUACAAGAUGAACUAUCGGGGAGGUCCCAUGUAAUCCUCUUCUAGACUAUGGUAUUUUCUGCUGAAAGUAGGCUGGAGUUAUAUGUGUAGCUGGCUCAUACACCUGGUAUGGCCAGACAAAUCUAAAAUGAUUUCCAAA